AACCGGCAGACGUAGUUACUUUGCACACAGUCUCUUGCGAUCACUGCUCGUGAAAGUAUCUAACUUAAAAUUGUUGCAAUUUCUGUUUUCAAAUAUCAAUUUUGUUUGCAUAGGACGCGUAUUAAUACACACAUUUUAUAAAUAAAUAAUUGUGCUAGUUAACGCACCAAAUCAACGAAACGAAAUGGCAUUAAAGAUAGCCUUAAUUGCAUUAUUAAGUGUGGCCACAAGUAGUGCGCUUAGUCUGGAGGGAUUCAAAUGUAGGGAUCACAAUGUAAUGACUGGCGAUCCUAUGACGCCAAUACGUACGGUACGUAUCUGUGGUGUGCAGGAUUAUGCGGCGCCGCCAAGCUAUUUGGAUUUUCAAAAGAUAUCGGAAAUUGAGCAGAAAGCACGGGACAACUACGCCACUCAUUCAUAUGGCAACCGCAAUCUUCUAAGGUCACCUAGGCCAUCGUACACGCGCUGGCCAUUGGCUCCACAGCAAACGAACAACGAAAGCGAGGAGCUACUUUCAGCACUUAUCAAAAGCUUAGCAGUAGCGCCUGCUACUUAUGGAGCAGCCAGAAAUAACCCUACGAACUCACGUGAUCUAAUGGAAGCGGAGCGCUUGCUGCAAGAGAAGCUGCGUUCAAUUACCGAGGAUACCAAUGAGAUAAAGAGUUCGGUGAAUAAAGUCGACACUAAUAUUAAGAAUAUGCUCGAAAGUUUGCUAAUGCAAAACGCAAAUCAGCAAAAGGAUAUAAAUGUUAAUAUAAAUUUGAAGCUGGAUCCUGCCUUCGAAGCAUUAUUAAGAGACUUCAUGGUAUUAUUAAAAAACGAAGUGAUUAGCGAAGGCAAUGAAGAGUCAACAUCAACUGAGCGCAUACAAGAUGGCAGUGAUGAGAAAUCGGAUGAUUAUGCCAGCUUUUUCUCAACAGCAUAUACGAACGAAAAUAAUAGUUCGGAGGAGCAAGUAACCGAAGCACAAGUUGACAGCGCAGAACAUUCGACCGAACGAGAUGCCACAGAGGAAAUUGAAGAUAUUAAUACUUGGCUGCGUCUACAUUUCGGACCGAUUGUAAAGACACCGACAUACGACGAAGACACAGACAACAGCGAACAGGAAAACGAAACAGAGAAACCGGAAGAAAGUUUUGAAUCCUGGUUCAAUGCUAAUUAUCGGAGACUACAUACAACUGAAGCACCAACGGAUUACAAUAGUUGGGAUGAACAGACGUAUAAUUCUCAAGGAAGUCAGGAGCAUGUUCGAAAAGGAAGUGAAGAGAAUAAUAAUCGAUACAUAGAUAUAUAUACUGAGUUGGACGAUAUAAUAACAUCUUCCGAAGAAAAUACAGUAAGCGAAGAAACCACAGAGAGCAGUGAAGAGGCCGACAAUAAUAAUUAUGAUGCUAUAUUUGUGCCAACAACAAUGAAUCCUGUAGAUUCAAGCGAAACAGUUGAACAAUUGGAAAAUGGCGACAAAUAUAACUAUGCAAUGGCAACAGAUGAAAAAAUGAAAAUGCAACAAAAAUCUCUAUGUGUUAUGAAGGCUUUUCAGACUAACCUUAACGAUUUAGAUCUUCUCAGAGAGAAUCUCGAUAGAUGUCGUACAGAAUAUCAAAAGUUUAUAGUAAUUGGUGAUGCAACUGAUUCGAAUGAAUCGAAGAGUAGUGAGGAAACUCAGUCACCCUUAAUUGUAUCAGAAGCAGUUGUAACGGAAUCGAACGAAUCAAAGAGUAGUGAGGAAACUGAAACACCCAUAGGUGUAUCGAACGAAUCGAAUAGUAGUGAAGAAAGAGUAAAUUUUGUAACAGAAUCGAACGAAUCGAAGAGUAGUGAGGAAACUGAACAACCCAUUGAGAAUUGGUAUAUGUAUGACGAUGAUUAUAAUACACUAGAUUAAUAUGUAUUAAAAUAUAAAUUGUUAAUAUCUAAUGAUUGUAAUGUUUAAAAACAAAAUUGAAAUAUGAAAUAAAUAUUAUAAUUCCGAACAAUAUUGAGCUAUGUAAUAAUAUUUUUUGUGAUAAAAUAUAUUGUGCAAAUAAAAAUUAUUUAUUUGUGAAAAAUGUUAAAAUGAUUAGUUUAUCAAUAAAUUUGUUACAAAAAUAAGCUUUAAAAUAUAACGAUUCGAGACAAAUGAUGAAAAAAUGCGCUUACAUAACCUCAAACCUUACUAUUGAACUUUAAACUUACGACAAAGGAAUACAAAAUAUGAUUUUACACUUUUUAUAGCGCGGCAAGAUUGGAUAAAUAUUGGAGCCCCGACCAAAUACUGUAAUUUACCAAAAAAUUAGAGCAAAUAAAGAAAAAAAAACAGUCA